AUGGACGGGGUCCAAAGGGACUUCUGCCAGCUCGUCAGGUGGGCGGCGGCGGCGGCGAGGGCCGAGCGGGAGGCGGCGGGGCUGCCGCCGCAUCCCGAGAACCCGGGCUACCGCGGAGUGAGGCGGCACUACGGGAAGUGGGGGGCGGAGAUCCGCGACCCGCUGGACAGCGAGCGCGCCUGGCUCGGGACGUACGCGACCGCCGUGGAGGCGGCGUACGCGUACGACAUCGCCGCGAGGGUCGUGCAGGGGAACAAGGCCCGGCCCAACUUCUCCAUGGCCCCGCCGGUGCCGGGGGACGACGAGGACGCCGCCGACGACAUCGUGCACGCGUACUUCGCGGAGGUGAGGCACGCGCGCCUGUCUCGCGCGGAGAGGCGCGCCCAGGCGGCCGCUGAAGCAGCAGCGGCGAGGGCGGCCGCUGCAUCGGCUCCGGCACCCGGGGCAACUGAAGGAGAACACCUGCCACCUCGUACCGGCGAUGCAAGCAACGCGGGCACCGACCAUGAAUGA